UGUCUUCAGCCGCAGGAAUCCGGCUGGGUUUGUGCUUUCUGCGUUCUGGGCCACAACUGGGGGUGCCCUUUGUGUUUUUUUUGCAGAAAAAGUCACAGCAAUACAGAUCGAAGGUCUACAAAUUCAGGGAAAUGUUCAUCUUCCUGUGGAAAAUCAACUGUCGCUGGUCAGAAACAGCACAAACCCUUCACAGUAGACUUGUCGGAACUGGGCAACGAAAUGAAUAUAGUUGAUUCGCUCAAUCGGUCUCAAAGGUUUAUAACAGACUCUGGACUGGUGAACAACAUUUUGUAUGGCCUUGAUCCUUUGCAUUGUAGAACCACACCAAUUAUAAUGGAGUGCAACCCAGGCCCAGGAGUUCUUACUCGAGCAUUGCUAGACGCUGGUUGUAAUGUUGUAGCUCUGGAAAGCAAAGCGGAGUUUCUUCCUGGAUUAAAGAAAUUGGAGAAUGUCGCACGUGGGCAACUAAGAGUACUCCACUGUAACUUCUUCACUCUAGAUCCUUUUUUUGAAAAUAAUGCCCAGGCUCCCACUAUUUAUUCUUAUGACUUGAUGGAACAGUUGGGCAUCAGUGAGGUGCCCUGGGAUACAGGAAUUCCAAUAAAAGUUUUUGGGAUACUUCACCAGGCAAAAGAGAGGCAUAUUUUGUGGCGUUAUAUUUAUUCUCUAUAUGAGAGGCUGGAACUUUUCAGAUAUGGAAGAAUUGAGUUCAAUUUUUUCAUGAGUGAGAAGCUGUACAAGAGCCUCCUUGCUGAACCUGGAGACUUGCGACAGUAUCGAGCACUUCCGGUGCUUUACCAGUUAGCCUGUGAUAUUCAACUGCUGCACACGGAGAACAUUUCUACAUUUUUUUUUUUCACCCAAAAAGCGUAAAGCUUCUUCAGUAGUCAAAUCUGGGCAGUCUUCCUGUGGCAAUCUUUGUCUGGUACGCUUAACUCCACGAAGAAACCUAUUCUCUGAGCGGUUUUCACCAUUAGAUGGCAAAUUGUUUAUCAACGUGGUAAAGCAAUGCCUUGCAAAGCGAAAGACAAAACUUCUAUCUAAACUUGACUUCUGGAGCCCAGGUGAUGGAGAACAGUUAUUACAACAUUUAGAUCUGCCAGAAAAUUCAAUAACGGGAAAUAUCUACCCAGAACAGUACAAACGUUUAUUUGAGUUAUUAACAAACACAGAGGAUUUCCAUCAGAGUUUUGUGUUUGGCAUGUAUGAAGAUCUGGCAUGUAGAGCCUACUGA